AUGCACUUUCGAUACAUCGACAUCGAAGCGAGGCACUUGUUCUUCUACUUCUUCGAAAGCAGACGCGACCCCGAUCGUGAUGACGUGCUCCUCUGGACCAACGGUGGACCUGGCGGGUCGUCCUCUACCGGUCUGUUUAUGGAGCUCGGUCCCUGCAGGGUUACCAGUCCCACGAAUAUCUCUUUCAAUCCCUAUUCGUGGAAUGAGUACUCCAAUAUAUUCUUCAUCGACCAGCCAAUUGGUGUCGGUUUCUCGUAUGCUGACCAUGGAGAGACUGUGAGCACUACCGAAGAGGCUGCGAAGGAUGUCGCUGCUUUUGUGGCAAUCUUCUUUGAACAUUUCAACAAGUUCAAAGGCAGAGGCUUUCAUCUUACUGGCGAGUCUUAUGGAGGUCGCUAUCUCCCCCUGUUUGGUUCUGCGAUCCAUGACCAAAACACGAAGUUGUCAGGCGCGGAUUUAACACCUAUCAACCUGAAGUCUGUCAUGAUUGGAAAUGGAUGUACUGACUGGCUUUCAAUGCACAAGGGGCACUACGAGGUUCAAUGCACCAGUGUGACCACUACGCCUGUGCAAAACAUAGCAACUUGCAUUGAUAUGAGGUUGCGUCUCCCGCGCUGCGAGAAGUGGUACAAGGAAGCCUGCAUUGACCAGAAAGAUAGCAUCAGCUGUUCAGCCGCGAGCGCAUUCUGUGCAGAAUCUAUCACCACACCUUACACGGAGAUAGGACUUAAUCCCUAUGAUCUCACAAAGAAGUGCGACGGGAGCCAGCUAUGCUAUAAGAUUAUGGACGACAUCGAGAAGUACCUGAACCAGACGAGCGUGCGCGAGCUCAUCGGUGCUGAUCCGGCGGUGAAGAACUACACCGGCCACUCUAAACUCGUCAACCAUGCAUUCUGGAGCGCGCUCGACCCGCAGUUCCCCACGCAAUACUACAUCGCGGCGCUCCUGGAGCGCAGUGUGCGCGUGCUGCUGUACGUCGGUGCGAACGACUUUGUCUGCAACUGGCGCGGCAACGAAGAGAUGUCGCUGGCUCUGGAGUGGACCGGGCAGGCAGCGUUCAGCAGCCAGCCUCUUAGAGAGUGGCAUGUUGACGGCCACGUCGCGGGUUUGACUCGCAGCGCCGGCAACUUUGCGUUUGCGACUAUCAACGGCGCUGGGCAUAUGGUGCCAUACGAUAUGCCGGUAGAAUCGCUGGAGCUGCUUCGGAAGUGGCUGAGUGGGGAAGAGUUUUGAACGUUCAUUCUGACUCGCAAAAUCACAACACCAAAGUUCAUUAUGUAGGAUACGCCGUAGGAUAUGUUCAGCAACGACGGACAGUCCUCACCGUCUGCGCAGUAGGGAGUACACUUCUUUAAACGUUCUCCUUUCCCAGUGAGCACUGUCAUUUCUGUCAGGUUUGCAAAUGGCGCGGUACAGACAGAACGACUCACCAAGCGAGGAGACACGCCAAAGCGCAUGUCGCGCCAAGAAGGACGUGAGGCACUUGCGCACCAAGGGUCAGCGCCCGACGACCAAGUGUUACCUCACUCCACCGCGUCACAACCGCAGCGACCGCAAAGAAGAGUAAGACCUUGAACGGAGGCACUGCUUUGCGCCAGUGCACUAGCUGGCCCGCGCCUUGCCGGCUGAAGAAUCGAACGGCGAACAUCCACGCAUACGAGGCCCGCAUCCAGAGGUUCGCCACGUUGACCCACACCAGCCCCGUGUCGCCCAUCUUGAGGCCACUGGCGAAUACAGCCGCGGUGCCUACGAAGCCCAGAGAGAAGACGAGGAGCCACCGGCUCUGCGCACGCAGGUCGGCGGGCGUGGCCGUGGAGGUGAAGAAUGCCUCGAGGAUGCCGUUGAAGGCCAUCGUUGGGAUGUAGUAGAUGUACGUGCGCAGGAUCGCGGGAGCAGAGGUCUGCAGAUAUCGGGAAGGCAGCACAAGUCGCAGGGCUAGGGCCAGGUAUGGCGGCGCGAAUGUCACGAGCAGGAGGAAGAGGUGCGUGAACAGGAGGAGGAGGACCAUGAGCACGUUGGAGGCGAUCUGUAGAAGGUCGGGCUUGUUCGUGCUCGUCGAUGACAGUGUCUUCGAGAAGAAUAGUCGAGACGUUUCUUCGAUGGGCUGGAAGACAAUACGGGCAACGAGAGACCCUAAAAAUAAACGUUGAGGUGCAUGUAUGCGCCGAAAAGUGGCCUUGCAUACCAUAGUUGGAGGCUACCGCGUAUCCGCCCUGGUCCGCCAGAGGGCUCAAACGAGAGACCAAGAACUUGUCGCCUUCUGUUAGGAAAUGCUUAACUACCGAUUGUCCAGUCAUGGCCGCGGAGAGGUGUAACAGCUCGGAGUCGAAGUACUGGGUCUUAGUGCUGCGAAAGG